AUGGGAGAUACUCCCGGGGCGAGGGGGCUGGGUGGGGACUCACGUGACCGGAGAAAGCGCGUUCCCCUGGAGGUUUCAGGAGGCCCCAGCCCACCCCUGGGGGGCGGGGAGGGAGGCGCGGAUGGGAGCUGUGGCCUGAGGGCGGCGGGAGGCCGCGGUUCAUCUACCUCCUCUCCCCUUCCCCAGGCUUCUCCAGAACUGAACUCCCCGGACGUCCUGGAUCAGCUCCGGCGGCAGUUUCCCAGGCUCCCCCCUCACCUGACGGCGCAGGUGGAGAGCACGUACCACGCGCUCCAGAAGAUCCGACAGGGUCUCCAGGAACAUCACAAGCAGGCAGAAAACUUCCUGCGGACCAUGGAGACCUGGAGUCGACCCCGGGGCUUCCAGCCGGGGGAGGAGCCCUCGAGCCAGGUCUCGGGUGGGCUGGCUGACCGGCACUCCUGGGGGCCCCCCAGCCCCGAGGCUUCCCCGCACCCGGCGCUCCCGACCCCGCCGCGCUGCGGUCUGCGGGGGCCGCACUUCGAGGAUGUCGUGGCCGCGAGGUCCUCCGACUGGCUCGCGCAGCGCUCGGGGGUGGACGACGCCCCAGCCCGCCAGCCGGACACGCCGGCGUCCUGGGACCCGGAGCCCCAGCUCUGGCAGGACGUCCUGACCGAGCAGCUCUGGCAGGUCCUCGCGGGGACCCACGAUAAGGGGGAGCGGCUGCAGCACACACUGACAGAGCAGGCGCCAGGCCUGGAGAGUCAGGACCUGGGACCGCGCUACUCAGGACCGGAACCACGUAUGGAAGACACUUUGGUUCUCAGCCCACCUGUGCCCUCCCUCAGCUCCCCUGAGGGCUCCCACGAAGGGAGCACAGAGCCAGGCACCGAGGCGGACGGGAUGCUCUCCCGAGUGGCCCAGGAGCCUGCUGGGAGAGCCCGCCCUUUCCUGAAGCCCAUAUGCUGGGACCCUGAGGACUUUGAGGACACGUGGGAGAGACCGGACGCCUUGCCCUGGCAAUCCAAGAAGGGGGCCAUCCCACACAGAACGGAGAAGGUGCGGACGCUGGAACACGGGGAGCCCGUGCUGGCCGCGGCUGUCAGCAGCUUCGUGCGACACGCCUUCACCUGUGGCAGGGGUGGUGUCAAAGUGUGGAGCCUGGCCAGCCAGGUGGUGGAGGACAGGUAUCCCGAGAGCCACCUGUGUGUACAGGUGAGGGAGGGGCUGGCUCUGGGGGCGGGGCCUGCGGGAGCCAAAAGAGCCUCGGAGGACGAGGACGGUCCCCUGCAUCUCUGCCCACCGCAGACCCGCCGGGCCUACCUGCGCACCUGCCUGCUGUCCUCGGACAGCACGACCCUGCUCGCGGGCGGCCACAACCUGGCCGGCGUGGGCGUGUGGGACCUGACCGCGCCCUCCCUGCACGUGAGCGGUGAGCUGCCCUGCGCGGGCCUCACCUGCCAGGCCCUGGCCUCCAAGCCUGAGGACAGCCUGGCCUUGGCUGGUUUCACGGAGGGCACAGUCAGGAUCUGGGACCUACGGGACCAGAGUGUCAUCAGGGACCUGCCGGGCCACCCGAAUGGGGCCAAGAGCAUUGCUGUCAAAGACCAGAACGUCUGGACAGGGGGUCUGGACACCUGUCUGCGGUGCUGGGACCUGAGGGCUGCCAGAGAGCCUCAGGAGUACCAGUUUGAGUCUCAGAUAAUGAGCCUGUCCCCUAGUCCCCAGGAGGACUGGGUGCUGGUGGGCACAGCCAAUGGCCAGCAGUGGCUGCAGCCCACCCGAGGGGGCCAGAAGCACAUGGUGGGGUGUAAGGACGGCACCAUCCUGGGUCUGAAGUUCUCCCCCCUCGGCCAGUGGUGGGUGAGCGUCGGGACGGACGACCUGGUUGGCGUCUAUAGCAUGCCCGCGGGGGCCCUGGAGCUCCAGGUACCCGAGACCUCCUCCAUCCUGUGCUGUGAUGUGUCCCCCAACAACCGCCUGAUUGUCACGGGGUCCAGGGACCACGCCUCUGUGUACCAGGUCACCUACUGA